UUCGAAGAAAUAGAAUUGCGAUAUGCGUUGAUACAUAUGCGUUAAGUGACUAUUGUCACGUUGCGUGCUGCUCAAGGAAAGUAACGGUAUACUUCUGGAGCUUUCACGUCGUACGCCAUCGAAUUUGUGAUUCUGGAUCUACAGUUUUACAGGAGAGGCUCGUCGCUACAUACGAAGACGAGUUAUUGUACUCAGUUCACAUUAUGGGGUUCGAUGUGAACCGCUUUCAAGGAGAAGUUGAUGAAGAAUUAGUUUGUCCAAUAUGCUCUGGAGUCCUUGAAGAUCCUGUGCAGGCACCUGUAUGUGAACAUGCCUUUUGUCGUACAUGUAUUAAUGAAUGGAUAAAUAGACAACCUACCUGUCCACUGGAUCGUACGCCAAUUACAUCUGCUCAACUUAGAGCAGUUCCAAGAAUACUUCGAAAUCUACUGGCCCGCCUUUGUAUUAGUUGUGAUAACAUUAUGUAUGGAUGUCAAGUCAUAGUUAAACUUGACAGUUUGGUGUCACAUUUGGAGCAAUGUGAAUAUAAUCCUAAGAGACCAAUGCUUUGUGAACAAGGAUGUAGUCUUAUUAUUCCCAAAAAUGAAUUAAAAGAUCAUAAUUGUGUGAGAGAACUUAGAAACAUUAUACAUUCCCAACAACAAAAACUUGCUGAUAUGAAACGUGAAUUAGGUGAACAACAACUUCAAAUAAAUGAACAUAAGAGAGAAAUACAUCUUUUAAAAGAUUUUAUGAGAGCAUUGAGAGUUUCAAACCCUGCAAUGCGUGCAAUUGCUGAUCAGAUGGAAAGAGACGAAGUUGUAAGAUGGUCUGCUACUCUUCCUAGAGCAAGAGUAACAAGAUGGGGAGGAAUGAUUUCCACUCCUGAUGAGUUAUUACAGACUAUGAUAAAAAGAACUUUAUCAGAAUACAAUUGCCCACCUCAUGUGAUAGAUGAAUUAAUGGAAAAUUGUCAUGAAAGAAAAUGGCCUCCAGGAUUAAAUUCCCUUGAAACGAGACAGAAUUCUAGAAGACAAUAUGAUAAUUAUGUUUGUAAAAGAGUCCCUGGUAAACAAGCAGUGUUAGUUCUUUAUUGUGAUAAUACACAUAUGCCAGAAGAUAUGAUGGUUGAACCUGGAUUAGUGAUGAUUUUUGCACAUGGCAUAGAAUAAAAUUUUCUACCAAUGUACCAUGCAUGCCAAGAUAUUUUGUCCAUCUUUUUUGUUAUUUGUUAUAUUCAUUGUGAUUAACCUUGAAAAUGCAUGGAAUAUCUUAGUACUUAUAUGCAGAUAUUGGAAUAUUUGCAUAAUUUAUCUUGCAAUUAUCGCAAGAUAUCUUUCUAAAAGUAUUGAAAGAAACAAAUGACAUGCCUCUUGUGAUAAACAAUUGUACAGACGCAAUUGCCACACACAAAAAACUAAUUGAAUGUCUGAAUCAUUACACUGUGAUAUA